UUUAAAAAGAAAAAAAAAAUCAUAGUAACGGAUAGGGAAAAAAACUGAAGCUAAAAGGACUAAAUUGUUCGCAGAGCUAUUAAUACAUCUCCAGUGCAAUUAGAUUAAGCAGGUAAUACAUACUCAUUGUUCUUUCAGUAGUAACUUCAUAAAGUUUUUAUUUAUAAACCUGCAUAGCACUAUAGCAGUGUGGUGGUCAAAAACUGUAAAAAGAUGAAGUCAGCAGGAGUUACGGCCUGAAGUAACAGGUAGAAGAGGGAGAGAGAAGGUCGGUCAAUUCGGGCUGGUGGCAGAGUAGGGUGGGGUGCGGGUCACUAACAACCAAGAAGAUGCCACGUCCUUGUUGCCGCGGACGAGCAGUGGUCGUAACAAUUCAUGCAGCUGCGAGCAGUAAUCACUCAUCACUCACCUUCACCGAAAAGGAAGGAAGGGGCACCUCCUCUCCUCUCUCCAUCUCCAGAGGGAUUAGCAGCAGUGUUAAACAAUGGCAACGGCAAUAAAAUAGAACACAAGACAGGGGCAGCCCAGGCCCUCACCUACACACACUUCCCUCCCUCCUCUUGGCUUUGCUUGUCCUCCUCCAUUUCCACCCACCACCGAAUACCCCAAGGCUCUCCCCUCUUCUCCCUCCCUGUCCCAAGAACACCACACCGCCACGGAGGAGGAGAUUUAGCCGGCAGGAGGAGCAACGGCAUUUGUAGGCUCACGAGCUCAGCUCAGCUCAAUUGCGGUUGCGGUUGGAUCGGCGGAGAGGAGGAGUCGCCGCCGGUGCUGGUGGUGGUGGGAGUGGUUGCAGAAGUGACGGUCAAGUUUUCCCCGUCCGUUGCUUCGCCAGGCCACUACCAACAUCUCCACCUGAAUCCAUCUCCAUCUACCCGAGCACUCCCUCCUGCUCCCAUCCCCGACUCUAUCCUUCAUCCUACCUCCCCUGCACCGCACCCAGUCAGUCAGGCAGAGAGAGAUACGAGGGGAAAUUGCAGUGCAACCCAAGGAAAGGAGCCAUGAUGGUGUGGCAGGCGGAGGAGGAACAUUGAUCGAUUUCAUCCAGCCAUCCAUCCAUCCAUCGGUGGUGGCGUUAGUGCCUGCUGUUACUCUUACUCGCCACUCACCACCCCCUUCCUCCUUUAAUCCUUGCCCCUCUCUCUCUCCCCCCGGUCUUAUUGCCCUCCCCCUGUUCUUGCAUUGAGGCGAGCAAGGAGCAGCGAGUGCUUUGUGCCCAGCAGCUGUCGUUGUUGUAUGGUCGUCGGCGGGCACCAUGACCAUGGAGCACGGCGAGGAUUGCUGCGUCAAGGUGGCGGUCCACGUGCGCCCGCUCAUCGGCGACGAGAAGCUGCAGGGGUGUAAGGACUGCGUCGCCGUCGUGCCGGGCAAGCCGCAGGUCCAGAUCGGCAGCCACUCCUUCACCUUCGACCAUGUGUACGGCAGCACUGGCACGCCGUCGGCGGCCAUGUUCGACCAGUGCGUCGCGCCGCUGGUGGACGGCCUCUUCCAGGGCUACAACGCCACCGUGCUCGCGUACGGCCAGACUGGGUCAGGGAAGACCUACACCAUGGGGACUGCCUGCAAGGAGGGAUCACAUAUUGGGAUCAUCCCACGAGCCAUGGCUGCGCUGUUCGACAAGAUUGAGAGCCUGAAAAACCAAGUGGAGUUCCAAAUACGCAUCUCAUUCAUCGAGAUUUUGAAAGAAGAAGUGAGGGAUUUGCUUGACCCUAGUGCUGCUACUGUGGGCAAAAUUGAGAAUGGCAAUGGGCAUGCAAAAUUAUCUGUGCCAGGGAAACCGCCUGUCCAGAUUCGAGAGGCGUCAAAUGGAGUCAUAACGCUAGCUGGAUCGACCGAAGUGCAUGUUAGUACUCAGAAGGAAAUGACUGCAUGCCUGGAGCAAGGUUCCCUGAGUCGUGCAACUGGAAGUACUAACAUGAACAACCAGUCAAGUCGUUCCCAUGCCAUCUUCACAAUCACAUUGGAGCAGAUGCGCAAAUCAGAACCCAUCAUGACUGCAGAUGGAAUGCCCAUUGAGGAAAUUAAUGAAGACUAUCUUUGUGCCAAACUUCAUUUAGUAGAUCUUGCUGGAUCAGAACGCGCUAAGAGAACUGGUUCAGAUGGCCUUCGUUUCAAGGAAGGUGUUCACAUCAACAGAGGACUUCUUGCUCUCGGCAACGUCAUAAGUGCUCUUGGAGAUGAGAAAAAGAGGAAAGAAGGUGCUCAUGUUCCUUAUAGGGACAGCAAACUCACUCGUCUUUUGCAGGACUCCCUAGGUGGAAAUAGCAAGACUGUAAUGAUAGCCUGCAUAAGUCCAGCAGACAUCAAUGCUGAAGAGACAUUAAACACUUUGAAAUAUGCUAACCGGGCACGUAAUAUUCAGAACAAACCAAUUGUCAACAGAAAUCCUAUUGCGGAUGAGAUGAAAAGGAUGCGCCAACAGAUUGAGUAUUUGCAAGCAGAGCUUGUUUCAGCUCGUGGAGGAGUCGGAUCAGAUGAUGUUCAGGGUCUCAGAGAAAGGAUAUCAUGGCUUGAACAAACAAAUGAAGACCUUUGCAGGGAACUGUAUGAUAUUCGCAACCGUUUUCAAACUGAUCCUUGUGAACCUGAAAUGCAAAAAACUUUAAAUGGCUUUACAAAAAGUGAAGGCCUCAAAAGAAGCUUGCAAAGUACAGAUCCGUUUGAUGUCCCUAUGACUGACUCAGUAAGAGGCAACCCUAAAGAUAUUGAAGAUGAGGUAGCAAAAGAAUGGGAGCACACAAUGCUGCAGGAUAGCAUGGGCAAAGAGCUGAAUGAAUUAAACAGACAGCUAGAGCAAAAGGAGUCUGAGAUGAAAAUGUAUGGAUGUGAUACUGUUGCACUUAAGCAACACUUUGGGAAGAAACUAAUGGAGCUUGAAGAAGAGAAAAGAGCUGUACAGCAAGAGAGGGACAGAUUGUUGGCUGAAGUUGAAAGCCUAAAUGCUGAUGGCCAGACACAUAAACUGCGAGAUGCCCAACUGCAGAAAUUGAAAUCCCUUGAAGCACAGAUCCUAGAUCUUAAGAAAAAGCAGGAGAACCAAGUUCAGCUUUUGAAGGAAAAGCAAAAGAGUGAUGAAGCUGCUAAGAAACUGCAAGAAGAAAUUCAUUUUAUUAAGGCACAAAAGGUUCAACUACAACACAAAAUCAAACAGGAAGCAGAACAGUUCAGGCAAUGGAAGGCUACCCGUGAAAAGGAACUUCUUCAGUUGCGCAAGGAGGGACGGAGAAAUGAGUACGAACGCCACAAGCUUCAAGCGCUUAAUCAGCGGCAGAAAUUGGUUCUGCAAAGGAAGACUGAAGAGGCUGCCAUGGCUACCAAAAGGCUGAAAGAGAUACUAGAAGCUAGGAAAUCUUCUGCCCGUGAUAAUCCAGCUGGCACCAAUGGGACCUCUCCAGGCUCUAAUAUGGGUGAGAGAUUGUUGCAAAAGUGGUUGGAUCAAGAGCUUGAAGUUAUGGUGCAUGUGCAUGAAGUCCGAAAUGAAUAUGAAAAACAAAGCCAACUGCGUGCUGCACUUGGUGAGGAGCUUGCCAUUUUGAAACAAGAAGACAUACGAGCUGGUGCAUCUAGUCCCCAAAGGGGGAAGAAUGGAAAUUCUAGGCCAAAUACCUUGUCACCAAAUGCAAGACAAGCUAGGAUAGCAUCACUUGAGAGCAUGGUGACAAUUUCUUCAAAUACUCUUGUCGCAAUGGCUUCUCAACUCUCAGAAGCUGAAGAACGAGAGCGUGCCUUCUCCGGGCGCAGUCGAUGGAAUCAAUUGCGGUCAAUGGGGGAUGCAAAGGGCUUACUGCAGUACAUCUUUAAUGUUGCUGCUGAUGCAAGAUGUCAAGUAAGGGAGAAGGAAGUGGAGAUUAAGGAAAUGAAAGAGCAAAUGACAGAGCUUGUGGGUAUUCUUCGACACAGCGAAUCGCGGAGAAGGGAAAUGGAGAAGCAGCUCAAGCAAAGAGAGCAGACUGCUCCAAUGGCCACUACACCUCCGAGAAGUGGAAAUUGCACCUUGAAGCACUCUGCUGAUGACCCCAGCACACCACUGUCCCCUGUUGCUGUUCCUGCACAGAAGCAGCUCAAGUAUUCGGCUGGAAUUGUAAAUAGCCCCAGCAAAGGGAUUACCGCAUUAAACAAAGAGCAACUUAAGAUGGUUCCUAUAGCACAGUUGUCUGUGGGGAAGAAAAUUUCAAUAGCAGGGCAAUCAGGAAAGCUAUGGAGAUGGAAAAGGAGCCAUCACCAGUGGCUGCUGCAGUUCAAAUGGAAGUGGCAGAAGCCCUGGAAACUGUCUGAGAUGAUCCGGCACAGCGAUGAAACCAUCACGAGGACUAGGCCCAGACCUCAGCUUCUUCCUCCUAAACCGCAUAGAGUGAUGUGAAACGGACUUUUCUUUUUGUCUCAACAUGAACUGACACGGUUUGCAAACCUACACAGCUAACUACCUGCACAAGGUAACACUGCAGCUAAGACUCCAUGAGAUCUCCUUCGUGCUUAUUUUACUUGGCCACGGGAUCGACAAGUAUGUGUUGAUAGGGUGACUCUUGUCUUUGGAUGUAAAUUCCCUGUGUGUAUAAUGGGAGAUAAAUUAGUGAAAAAAUUUAGUGAGUGGGUGAGUGUGAGGAGAGUGAAUGAACAUUCUUUUUAUGCAAAUGCUGAGCACAAUGCUUACUGUUUCAGCCUUCACUGAUGGUGAGAUGUCAAUAGUUGGUGUCCAUCUUCAUAAUGAAAUCUGUCGAAGGAAGGCGCCUUGUAAAGUCUUUGGGUGCUGUUGUGCAAUAGAUUUGUGUGAAGUGUGGCUGAAAGUUACAUGUUUUUGGUGCUUGAGUGGUGGUCCAUUUUUUCCCUCUUCUUUUGUUUGUUGAUACUAAAGAUGAGAGAAAUCAAGUGAAUUUGGUUUGGUAUGCUAGGAGUAUUGUGAUGUAAUACAGAAACUUGUUCCACUAUAUCAAUCCACCCUUUCUGUUGUGUA